AAAACGGUCAUAACAAAAAGAAUUAGCGAUUUUUUUUUUUGGUGAAUACAAAAAGAAUUAGCGAUCGUAUGCCGGAGAAGAUGAAGAACGAAUAAGGACGGAGGAAUUGUUCAAGGAGGGUUCGUGAGGAGGAUCGAAGAAGGAGAAAGCCUCGGUUGUGUUCGCCGGAGAUGCUAGAUUGGUGGAGGAGCCGAAUUCCAAAAAAUUCAAACGGUAACAAUACUCGUGAGGGUUCUUCUCUAGAUCUUCGGAGGCUUUAGUCCCCGUCGUUAAGGUCAAUUCGCGGGAGUGAAAUUGCCGUGGGGAUAACUUCAACGAAGAUGCUAUUGGUUCGAAUUUGAGUGUUAAUGAUGAUCUUCAGAGGAUGAGAGUUACUUUGUUGAAAUCUUGAAUUCGCUGAAUCAAGUAACCAAGGAGAUAAUUUUUUUCAGCAGCUGAUUGGCCUAAUUCGUAGUCGUGACUCGUGAUGUAUCUUUGAAUACUGCAGGAAGUAAAAUAUACGCUGUUGACCAUGAUGGAGGUCUGUUGAUACAUGAAGGCUCUCUGCUUUUGUUCCAUGCUACCGAACAGAAAGAUACAUAUCUCACGCCGUUAAAAUGGUAUUGUAAAGAAUCCCACCUGCAUAGUAACCAAAUUUUUAGAAUAUCACCACCUUGGAUGGUAAAUGUCAUGUGAUAUAUUUGGAGGACAAAGCGGCUGGGACAUGUCUUCUCUUUGACAGAAGAACUUGUUCACUACAUGCAACAGCAGUAUUGAUGCUGAGACGCCUUAUGCGGAAGUUGAGGCUAUGAAGAUGCGUGCCACUUUCUUUCACCUCAAGCUUAUGAAGGACAACCAUGUCCAUGAAGGCUGGUGAACAUAUAUCCAAGCCUUAUCUUGAUGAUCCUUCUGCUGUAAGAAAAGUCGAACCCUUCCAUGGAAGUUUCUCAAGAUUAGGGAUUCCAACGUCAUUAUAUGGUAAAACUGAUCAGAGAUUACGUGUGUUUGCUCUUUGAAAUGCCUUCUAUGCCAUCCACGAUGACAUGCUCAUUUAUUAUCUUGUGAUGAGAAAACGAGAACUUGUGACGUUUUAUAUAGGUGAUAGAGAAAGUUAUGCCUCUUUGAAGUACAUAUAUGAGUAGAAGUAAUAUACGGUUCAAUAGUUAACAAACAGCUUUGUUGUUACAAGUUAUCAGGUCCUAAGAGAUACAAAGAUUGCCGCUCACUGUUCUAUUAACAAAUUAAAGGAGUUAUUUUUGUUUAUGAUCAGAUAUACACACUCUACAGGAUAGAGGUCUAUUAGUGCUUGAAAGUUCUCUGCUUUUGUUCCAUACUACAAAACUGUAAGACAAGUGUCAUGCUGUUAGAUGGUUUUAUAGAAUAUCACCUGCAUAGUAACAACAAUUCACCUCUUUGGUUGGAUUUUCUAUCAUUUCAUUUGGAUGGUCAAUGUCAUGGGAUAUAUGCAGAGGACAAAGCGGCAGGAACUUUUUUACUCCAGAAAAUAACAGUGUUGAUGCUGAUACGCCUUAUGCAGAGGUCAUGAAGAUGCGCUAUGCCACUUUCUUUCACCUGUCUCAAGAGUUUUCCAUUUCAAAACUCCUGAAAGACAAGUCAUGAAAGUGAAAAAUCGCUGCGUUGCUAAUCAAAAAUUACUUUCCUACGUUUUGUAGAAGUUUAACCCAUCCAUUAUUUUCUUGACAGGCUAUGAACAUAACAUAGAUGAGAUAAUCACAAUUUUUUCUUUCUGUAACUUGUUCAAAUUUUUCGAUCAGAAAAGUUGACUUUGAGAUGAAUGAUAUCUUCCAGGUUGUUUAAGAGUUACUUACUCGCCUCGGUAGCCCUAAACUCCGGUUUUUCAGUGGCAAGAGUACUUCGCAGUUAUAGUGACACGACUACCUAUCUCAAGAACAUGGUUUGUGAACAUUUAUUUAAGCUUGAUCUUGAUGAUCCUUCUGCUGUAAGAAAGGUCAAACCUUUCCAUGGAAGCUUCCCAAGAUAAGGGCUAAGGACUUUCAACUGAAAUUUCUGGUAAAUCAUAUCAGGUGCUACAACAUUAAAUGCUGAGACUGUUCAAGCUUAAUGAGUUCUGGAGACAUGACUAGUCAUCUAAAGACAUCAAUAGCAUAAUGAAAUCUAACUAUAGGGAAUAUGGGAUUCUCUUAAAAACACUCCCUGGCUGUAGCGUUACCUGCAAAACUCUUUAAAAAUUCACUCUUUAGGUGAUAAGAGAGCGAGAGGUAGCUUUUUGAAUUCGUAUGAAUGCUCUCAGAACAGGAGAAUUUACAAAAGUAGUAUACUAAAGAAAAAGCCAGGGUCAUUUAGUCAUUCCUUAUGUUCGUGAUAUUGAAGUUCUAUGGAAUGAUGCUAGGUAGAAGAAUUAUAAACCUGUUCAUAUGCGUCAUGAAGAAUCUGUUUAGGGUGGUGCUGAUACCUUUCACCCGUUUUAUGCGUUGCAUGAUAUUGUUCCACUUUCCUGUCAGUUGCUUUGAAGUGUUCUGCUUUUCUUCUGUUGGUGAUUCUGAAGUUUGACUCUUUCUUGUUGACUCUGCUAAAGGAGUUUUUUUGUUCAUGAUCAGAGAUACACACUCUACAUGGUGAAGGUCUAUUAGUGCUUAAAAGUUCCCUGCUUUUUUCCGUACUACAAAUACAAGUGUCACGCAGUUAGGUAGUCUUAGAGAAUAUCACCGGCAUAGUAACAAUUGUGGGGAUGUAAGGAGAAUUAAUACGAAGUAAAGAUCAACACUGAGAGGGGGCAAAUUUCGCCAAAGUUUUCAUUAUCCUUUCAGUUGAAUGGUAAAAGCAAUGUGAUUCUUGCAUGGUAUGAGAAUGAUUCUUGAUGAGAAUACUUUGCAGUUCUGGGGACAUGUCACAUGACUAUCUAAAAACCUCAAUAACAUAGUAAAGUCUCGUAUACUAUUUGUAAUCCCUCUUCUUUUCUUGCGUUCUCUGUUUUUGAGUAUCAGUUUAUAGAAGCUUUUCUUAUAAAAUCCUUUAUCAGCUGAAAUCUAACUUGUAUUAGGGAAUAUGUGAUUCUCUAAAAAACUCCAUGGCUGUAUCGUUACCUGCAAAACUCUUUAAAAAGUCAUUAUUUAGGUGAUUACGUACUAUUUCUUCCAUUUGAGACCUACAAUUCUGUGUGUCUGCUCUGAAAUGCCUUCUUGUCGGUCCACUUUUUGUAAUAGGCUCAUUUAUCAACUAUGAUCAGGUGAUAAGAAAGAGAAAGGUUUGUGAAUUCUUAUGAAUGCUCUCAGACCAGAGUUGUUCGACGGUUUUUACAGGUUUGAUAAAUUCAAGCCUCCGAUCAAGCCAAGUUGAGAAUUUACGAAAGUAGUAUACUAAAGAAAAAGCCAGGGAUCAGUUAGUCAUUCUUUUUGGCCUUGUUACUGAAGUUCUAUGGAAUGAUGCUAGGUAGAAGAAGCAUAAACCUGUUCAUAUGCAUCAUGUAAGUUACUUAUAUCUCCCAGUGUAUAUCCUAUUUUUGUCACUUGACUGUUUAGAUCAAUGGUAUAUGCAGCAGUGUUACUUUCACAAGCAGAAAGAAUGAUGUUUAGGGUGGUGCUGAUACCUUUCACCCAUUUUAUGCGUUGCAUGAUAUAUUGUUCCACUUUCCUAUCAGUUGCUUUGUAGUGUUCUGCUUUUUUUCUGUUGGUGAUCUGAAGUUUGACUCUUUCUUGUUGACUCUGCUAAAGGGAAAGUUAAUUGAGUUUUCCUCAGGUGAGAAGUACUUGAUUACGUAUUAUUAUUUUCGCUGGUCUGAACCAAGAUCUGAUGAAGAUGCAGGCCAAGUUGGACAAGAUGAAUAUUAAAAAGGAAAAGACAGAGGAUUAACUGAAGGGGGAGGAACUAGAGACGCUUAAGGUGGAGCUGACCAAUCUUAAAAAGAUAAAGGAAUUCCAACCUAACAUGCCAUGAAUACCAGCUGACUAUGGGAGUCUUAUGAUAGCUUGCUUUUGAUGUGGUGGUAAAGAAAGCUAGUCCAACAAGUAGAGCUUGUACGAGAUUGAGGAUCUUUGACGAAAAGUUGGAGAUGAAAAACAAAAUGAAGAAGAGACACCAUCAAUAUAAUCAGUAGAGUUAAAGUUUUGCUAGAACAUCAAUACUCAAGCUUGAGGUUUCCCAGUAGAUGGGAGAACACAAAACCACUAAGCCCUGGAGAUAAGUAACCAAGGAGAUAAGUAACAAAACAAUUUUUUUUUCAAUUAAAACUUUCUCUUGUUUGUCACAAAACUUUGUGCUGAUUAUGAUUAUUUGUUCUUUUCCCAUUUUUUUGUCAGCAGCUGGUUCGUAGUCGUGAGUAAGAUCCAAGUGUUUGUGUUUCCAUUUGUUUCGGUGUGUCUUUGAAUACUGCAGGAAGUAAAUAUACGUUGUUUACCAUGAUGGAGGUCUGUUGCUAAAUGAAGUCUCUCUGCUUUUGUUCUAUGCUACAGAACAGAAAAAUACAUAUCUCACGCCGUUAAAAUUUUUAGAAUAUCACCACCUUGGAUGGUAAAUGUCAUGUGAUAUAUUUGGAGGACAAAGCGGCUGGAACAUGUCUUCUCUUUGACAGAAGAACUUGUUCACUACAUGCAACAGCAGUAUUGUAUUGAUGCUGAGACGCCUUAUGCGGAAGUUGAGGCUAUGAAGAUGCGUGCCACUUUCUUUCACCUCAAGAGUUAUUCACUUCAAUGAAGGCUGGUGAACAUAUAGCCAAACCUUAUCUUGAUGAUCCUUCUGCUUUAAGAAAGGUCGAACCCUUCCAUAAAAGUUUCUCAAAAGUAAGGAUUCCUGCGUCAUUAUAUGGUAAAACUGAUCAGAGAUUAUGUGUGUUUGCUCUUUGAAAUGCCUUCUAUGCCGUCUAUGAACAUGCUCAUUUAUUAUCUUGUGAUGAGAAAACGAGAACUUGUGACAUUUUAUAAAGGUGAUAGAGAAAGUUAUGCCUCUUUGAAGUACAUAUAUGAGUAGAAGUAAUAUACGGUUCAUUAGUUAACAAACGGCUUUGUUGUUAUAAGUUAUGUAUCAGGUCCUAAGAGAUACAAAGAUUGCCGCUCACUGUUCUACUAACAAAUUAAAGGUGUGUUUUCUUAAUUCUUUUCAAAUAGUGUCAUCUCUGUCUCUGUUUGUUGCCACUUACAGAUGAGACUGUAUAAUUUUGGAGGAGUUAAUUUUUGUUCAUGAUCAGAGAUACACACUCUACAGGAUGAAGGUCUAUUAGUGCUUAAAAGUUCUCUGCUUUUUUCCAUACUACAAAACAGUAAGAUACAUGUGUCACGCAGUUAGGUGGUUUCAGAGAAUAUCACCUGCAUAGUAACAAUUGUGGUGAUGUAUGGAGAAUUAAAACGAAGUAAAGAUCAACACUGAGAAGGGGCAAAUUUCGCUAAAGAAUACACUGCAGUUCUGGAGACAUAUCACAUGACUAUCUAAAGACCUCAAUAACAUACAGGGAAUAUGAGAUUAUCUAAAAAAACUCCCUGGCUGUAGCGUUACCUGCCAAACUCUUUAAAAAGUCACUCUUUAGGCUCAUUUACCAAUUAUGAUCAGGUGAUAAGAGAUAGAAAGCUUUGUGAAUUCGUAUGAAUGCUCUCAGACCAGGUUGAUAAGUUUGAAGCCAAGCCAAGUUUGAUAAAUUUGAGCCUCCGAUCAAGCCAAGUUGAGAAUUUACAAAAUUCGUAUACUGAAGAAUAGGUAGAAGAAGAUAAACCUGUUUAUAUGCGUCAUGAAGAAUCUGUUUAGGGUGGCGCUGAUACCUUUCACCCGUUUUAUGCGUUGCAUGAUAUUGUUCCACUUUUCUUCUGUUGGUGAUCUGAAGUUUGACUCUUUCUUGUUGACUCUGCAAAAGGCCAUGUUGGACAAGAUCAAUAUUAAAAAGGAAAAGACAUAGGAUUAGCUGAAGGGGGAGGAACUAGAGACGCUUACGGUGGAGCUGAACAAUCUUAAAAAGAUAAAGGAAUUUCAAUCUAACAUGUACUAGGAGACAGAGUUGGCCAAACUGGAAAGUGAGUUGAGAAGCCUGUUUAGGUGAUAUCUGCAUUACCAAUGGAGAAGGACCUCGAGGUUGAAAGGCUAAAGAAAGAGGUAUUCAACGUAGCAAACCAACUAGAGAAUACUCAUACUGAGAUAGAGGAUCCUCGAAGAAUGGUUGGAGAAGAAAAAUCAACCAGGAAAGAGACACUACCAACAUAAAUCAGUAGAUUUAAAUAUUUGUUAUCAUUCACUUGUACGUUUUGCAUAAAGUGUAGAUAUUCUUUUAGUGUCAGUUAUUAAUACGUCUUUUUCCAGGUUUUGAUGAAACAUCAAUACCCUAAGCUGAGGGUUUGCAGUAUAGGGGACUCUGAGAAUACAACACCACUAAGUACUAUAUCAGCUCACUGCAGUAUAUCUUCUCUAAUUCCUAUAUUAGAAUAUGAGAUUAUGCUGAUUGAGUAUGGGUUUAUGUUAUCCAUUUUUUUUAAUCCAAUUUUAGACUAAUAAGAUUUUGUUUUUAUUUGUUUUACCAUUUUAGGUUAUAGAUGAUUGUGUUUCACAUUUGGAUAUGUGAAGAAAGCAUUUGAUCUUCCAUACUAUUAGAGAGAUAUGUAAGGAUUAGAGUGUACAGAAUCAAAUGUUUUAUAUUGUCAAUCCGUGUGUGGAUUAUUUUUUUCUUUAAAGGUACCAAGAAAGUUCUUAUAACUGGAAUGGAGCAUAGGGUAACUCAUCCUCUUUAUUUUUCUUUACAUUAAUUUUUUGUUGAUUUUUUUUUCUGACACGGGAUGAAGAUGCAUUGUUUAGUCUAUCGUGAUUGAGUUAAACAAUUGUCUUAAUAUGUUUUGUGAAAGUCGAAUUAUAUCAGUAGAUAACCUUAUCUUUGGUUUACAAUCCUAGUCGGAUUGUCACUUUUGUGCUAUUGACUUUGUUUGUCUCUGUUUUAUGCACUUCUGAGUCUUGUUCAGGUUCAUGGGGUCUCAGGUCUGCAUGGAUCACUUUUUGUGGACAUUGCUCAAGUUUCCAGAUAUUAGUAAUUACACCUUUUCCAUAGUUAUUAUCUUAUGGGUGAAUUACAUAUGUUUAUCUCACGCAGCCAUGAAUACCAGCUGACAUUGGGAGCGUUAUGGAAGCAUCUUAGUUACACUGGAAAAAGUUGGUGACAUGUCUAUAAGGUAAAGAAAGAGUUAGUCCAACAAGUAGAGACACCAUCAAUAUAAUCAGUUGAGUGAAAGUUUUGCUAGAACAUCAAUACCCAAGCUGGAGGUUCCCCAGUACAUGGGAGAAGACGAAACCAAGAAGUCUUAUAUCAGCUCAUUGCUGUAGUAUAUCUCCAAGAUCAACUGAGUACAAUUAUGAAGAGAAAUGUCUCCCCUGCUUUCAGAUUUCAAUUUGCAUCAAGUAGCAUGUUUAUGCGGGUCAGGACAGAGAGGUCUUUAUGUGGUUGUAUAAGAGAUACAUACUCUACGGGAUGGAGGUCUGUUAAUGCUUGAAAGUUCUCUGCUUUUGUUGCAUACUACAAAACAUUGGAUGGUCAAUGCCAUGUGAUAUAUGCAGAGGACAAAGCGGCAGGAACCUGUCUUCUUUUCCACAUAAGAACUUGUUUACGACAUACAACAUCAGUGUUGAUGUUGUCAUGUUGAUUCCUGAUACGCCUUAUGCGGAUUUUAAAGUCAUGAAGAUGCGCGUGCCACGUGACUUGAUCUUGAUGAUCCUUGUACUGUAAGAAAGUUUGAACCCUUCUAUGAAAGUUUCCAGCGUCAAUAUAUGGUAAAGCUGAUCAGAGAUGCGCAGCAACAUGAAAUGCUGCUCGCAUGAUUCAUGUCGGCUACGAACAUAACAUAGAUGAGAUAAUAAUUGCAUUUUUUUUUCUUUCUAACUUGAUCAAAUAUUUUGAUUUAAAAAGUUGUCUUUGAGAUGACUCAUAUCUUCCAGGUUGCUUAAGAGUUACUCGCCUCGGUAGCCCGUAGCCCUAAUCUCCCAUUUUUCAGUAGCAAGAGUACUUCGCAGUUCUGGAGACACACUACCUUAUAGAUCUCAAAAACCUGUCCAAGGCUACUUUAUUAUAAACUCUCCGUAACUAUGGUGGAUCAAACUCCUGAGAAUCUUCAGGGGAAGUAUAAAGCAAUGGUUGUUUGUUGUAUUCUUGGAAUCGGAUCUCUCGUUUCUUGGAACAGUAUGCUCACUAUCGCUGAUUACUACUACCAAGUUUUUCCGGAUUAUCAUCCUUCAAGGGUACUAACACUUGUAUACCAACCAAUUGGGUUUGCAACAAUCAUGACCUUCACAUACCAUGAAUCGAAAAUAAGUACUCGAAAACGUAUCAUGACCGGUUACAUCCUAUUCACAAUAUCCACAUUCUUGCUCAUAGUCUUGGAUUUGACAACAAAAGGACGUGGUGGAGUCGGACCAUAUAUAUGUUUAUGCGCAGUCGUUGCUUCUUUUGGCUUUGCGGAUGCUACCGUUCACGGAGGAAUGAUCGGUGAUUUAUCAUUGAUGUGUCCUGAAUUAGUUCAGUCAUUCAUGGGGGGUAUGGCUGUAGCUGGUGCGCUAACAUCAGCGCUAAGGCUAAUGGCUAAAGCAGCUUUCGAGAAAUCAAACGACGGUCUACGAAAAGGAGCAAUGAUAUUCUUAGCAAUCGCAACAGUCAUAGUGUUACUCUGUGUGAUGUUAUACGCCUAUGUGUUCCCAAAAUUCCCCAUUGUUAAGUAUUACCGGAGAAAAGCUGCUUCUGAAGGUUCCAAAACUGUUUCUGCUGAUCUUGCUGCUGCUGGUAUCCAAAAUCCAUCAGAUUUGACUGAUGAUGAUGAUUCCAAGAAUCAAAGGCUAAGCAACAAAAAGCUGUUGCUUCAAAACAUAGAUUAUGCAGUGAGUCUGUUCCUCACCUACGUAUGUACAUUAUCCAUUUUCCCCGGGUUCUUAUAUGAGAACACUGGAAAACAUAGGCUAGGCGAUUGGUACGCGCUUGUCCUGGUAGCAAUGUACAACUGUUGGGAUCUGGUUGGGAGGUACACGCCGCUGGUGAAAUGUCUCAAGAUUGAGAAUAGAAAAGCGAUCAACUUCGCAGUUUUAUCUCGUUAUUUCCUCAUUCCGGCGUUCUACUUCACCGCAAAAUAUGGUGAUCAAGGAUGGAUGAUUAUGCUUGUUUCUGUUUUGGGAUUGACUAAUGGACAUCUCACUGUUUGCAUUAUGACUAUAGCUCCUAAAGGCUACAAGGGUCCGGAGCAGAAUGCGUUAGGGAACUUGCUGGCGAUGUUUCUGUUAGGAGGGAUAUUCGCAGGAGUCGCUUUGGAUUGGUUAUGGAUUAUUGGUAAGAAGAAUGCCUUUUGAUUUACAAGGUAUAAAGCUGGAAUAACUAAUGAAUAACAAACCUUAAUCACGUACCUGCUUAAUUAAGGAUUUAGUUUUUAACUGAAAUAUUAACUACUACUAUAUCAUAUAAGCUUGUAAUAGUAGUUUUUAUAGAUUAUAUAACUAAGUAGAAGAUGUAUAAAAAGGUUUAACUCAUGAAAGAGAUGAUCAUAGUAGAUACCUUAUGACU